UCACUCUCUCUCGUGUCUCCAUAAGGGUUCUAAAAAGCAAGGUCCCCUUUCUCUCUCUAGUUCUCUUUCUCUCUCUAGAAAGAAGAUGGAUAGAGAAAGCAAAACUUGUGAUGUGGAUUGGGCAAGUCUAGAGAGAGAUAUUCUAGUUUCCAUCUUCCAAAAGUUGGAUGAAAAUGAUCGAUUGAGUGGAGUGCCUUUGGUUUGUAGGUCUUGGUAUCAUGCCUCAACUGAUCCAUUUUGUUGGAAGCACUUAGACCUUCAGAGAUGGAGCCAGAAGAGUGGGACAUAUGCCCAACUCCUAAAUAUUUUGCAGUUUGUAUUGGAAAAGAGACAGGCUCAACUCCAAUCCAUUGUGUUUCCCCAUCAGUGGACCACAGAGAACCUUGUGAGCUAUGUUACAGUCAAGUGUCCAAGCUUAAAGUCAGUGACAUUCACAAAUUGUGAUCAAUUAUUAUGCCGUGACAUUCUAUUCAGAGCUUUUCAAAGCUGUUCAGAGCUAGAAACUCUCUCACUGAAUUUGAGUAAUGAUCUUCCAAAUGAUGCAUGGCCAGAGUUACAGAGAAGUUGCAGGAGCCUGCGCCAGCUAAAACUGAAGGGAUAUACAUUCUAUGACAUAGACAUAGCUCACAUUGCCAAGCAUGUGAAAGGGAUCAAGGCCUUAGUCCUUGAAUUCUUGUACAUUUACAAAGAAGAUGUGGCCCAUUUUCUCAAAGCCUGUAAGGAGCUCGAUAGUUUCAUUCUCUUCUAUGGUGAGGGCUUCAAAAUGGACCCUGAGAUCCUUUGGUUGGUUUCGGGUAUCCGUGACUUCCGAAUUUUUAAACUGGACUGCUACAACAACAUGUCUUACUAAUGAAUUCUGAGGGAGGCUUGUUUUGUAUUGAAAUUUUCGGCAAAUAAAUGGAUUCGGAGAAAUAAUUCAGAAGCGUGAUCUUAGCUUGCAGGUUUUCUGGAUUCGAACUUUGUUGCGGCGCUUGUAGACUGAUUUCUCAGCUAAAAGUUUAUGGGAUUUCUUCAUAAACGAGGGCUGAAGAACCUAGUGAAGCUAGUAAUGUUAGAUUUUUAAUCUACUCUUUUUCUUCUUUAAGUUGUAAUUGUCUUGCUUUGAUGGAGUUAUUUUGUUUUAAGGUGGAUUCCCCUUUGCAAAUGAAUUAUGUUGAUUCGAUUUC